CGUUAAAAUUAUCGCUUGUGCGCGUUUUUUUUAAGCCUUGGAAGUAUUCUUUUUCAACACAAGGACGUGUUCUGUAGCUACGCGAAGAGCGACCUCGACUUUAGUAGACAUGUGUAUGAGACAAGGCUGUCAAUUCAAGACCCUCCUCGCGGUUUUGUUUCUUGCUGCUGCCGUAGGCAAAAUACAUGGACAAGGUCCAAAGGAAAGCAACGGCAUCAGUAAGAGGACGCUGGGUCCAGACAGGGACUCAUCAACACAGGACACAGAGAGCGAAGUCCACUCUGUCACCACUGUCUCUGCAAUGAACAUAGCCAACCACCAGCAUGUCCUUAAGGGCCUGCUGCUUCAUGAGCACCUUCUUACAAGGGAGUUCCAGGGCGACCAGCACUUUUUUAGGAGGGAUGGCUCUGUGGCUGCAUAUUCUACCAUUCCAGGCUCUUUGUCUGCCUCAGAUGCAGGAGACCCUGUCACUCAGCUGGUGCCCCAUGAGGAUGCGCCAGCCUUCUCAGACAUUGCCACUACAGCCACUGCGGCUGCCACCUCCCCACUGACCACAUUUUCUCCCACAACACCAAGGCCGCCCAUGUCUCUUUUUCAAAAGAAGUCCUCUAAGGAGAAGACUGGGGGGGCAGACAAGGUAGAGCCGACAACAGACUCUCUCACCACUUACGUGACACAAAAUAAUAGAGGUUCAGUCAGUGAAAACAACCCAGUGGCAUCCCUAUUCUCACAGAGAAGUCGGCCUCAAAGUUGGAGUGCUUUUCCUGCAGAAGCAACUCUUGCUUACUCCUCAGUGAGGAGGGAGAAAGGGGAAGCUAGGGAAACAGCACUGAAAAACAAGGCCAACCCUGAUCAUCCACUCCCUGACCUAACUUCAGCAUCCCGAGAAGAGGGUACCACCACGACGUCCACAACCAUUAUCACAACUACCACCAUCACCACCAUGCAAACAGCAGAGCCAUGCAGUCUGAAUUCCACUGACCCUGAGGGUAACAUCGAAAUCCUGCAGCAACUUGACUCUGGAGUGGAGUGUAACUACUUGGUUACUGUUUACCUUGGAUAUGGCAUUGAGGUUCAGGUGCUAAAUGUGAGUGUGUUGGAGGGAGAGCAGGUGACAGUGGAGGAUACGGGUGGCCAGGAAGCCUUCAUCCUUGCCAAUGAGUCAGUCUUGAUGAGGGGCCUUGUUCUACGCAGCUGGAGCAACCAGAUAUCCAUACGAUUCCGUAGUGACCAACAGCACAACUCCGGAUUCCUCCUGCUGCAUUACCAAGCCUUUGUCCUGAGCUGUGCUUUUCCCAAAGAGCCUGCUGGUGGAGAAGUUUCUGCGACGCACCUCCAUGCUGGCGGAGAAGCCUUUUUCCGCUGUUUCACUGGCUACAAGUUGCAAGGUCCCAAAAUGCUUACCUGUCGCAAUGCAACCACACCUUACUGGAGUGGGAAGGAGCCCCGAUGUGUGGCAUCCUGUGGGGGAAUGAUAAAAAAUGCCACCUAUGGUCGUAUCAUCUCUCCUGGUUUCCCUGGCAACUACAGCAACAAUCUGACAUGCCACUGGGUCCUGGAGGCCCCUGAAGGCCAGCGGCUUCACAUUCACUUUGAGAAGGUGGCUCUGGCAGAGGACGAUGACAGGCUGCUGAUUAAGAACGGCAACAACAUAGACUCUCCCCCUGUGUAUGACUCCUAUGAGGUUGAGUAUUUGCCCAAUGAGGGUGUGCUCAGUACUGGACGUUACUUGUUCAUAGAGUUCACCACGGAUGGCACAAUGACCUCCACUGGUGCAGCCAUCAGAUUUGAAGCUUUUGCAAAAGGUAUGUGCUAUGAGCCUUUUGUGAAGUACGGCAACUUCAGCAGCAGUGACUCCACCUACAGUGUGGGCGCAGUGGUUGAAUUCUCAUGUGACCCCGGCUACACGCUGGAGCAAGGUUCCGUAGUGAUUGAGUGCGUGGACGCACAAAACCCACAGUGGAAUGAGACUGAGCCAGCUUGUAGGGCUGUGUGCAGCGGUGAAAUCACAGACUCUGCUGGUGUGGUGUUGUCUCCUAAUUGGCCCGAGGCCUAUGACAAGGGACAGGACUGCAUCUGGGGUAUCCAUGUGGAAGAGGACAAGAGGAUCAUGCUUGACAUACAAGUUCUCCAUGUUGGUAAGAAUGACCUGCUGACCUUCUAUGAUGGCGAUGACCUUACAGCGAACAUACUGGGCCAAUACAGCGGCACACGACCACAUUUCAAGCUCUAUACCUCCAUGGCUGAUGUCACUAUUCAAUUUCAGUCAGAUCCUGCCACCAACAUCUAUGGCUACAACAAUGGCUUUGUUGUCCACUUCUUUGAGGUGCCGAGGAACGACACCUGCUCUGAGCUGCCAGAGAUCACCAAUGGCUGGAAAAGCACUUCCCACCCUGACCUCAUCCACGGCACAGUCAUCACCUACCAGUGUUACCCUGGAUAUGAGCUGGUAGGCUCUGAGAUCCUCAUGUGCCAGUGGGAUCUUACUUGGAGCGGUGAUGUGCCGAGAUGUGAGGAAGUUAUGACAUGUCAAGACCCUGGAAAUGUGGAGCACAGUCAUAAAGUGUUCACAGGCAGCCGCUUCACCGUUGGAUCGACAGUGCAGUUUAUCUGUAAUAAAGGCUACAUCCUGUCUGGCAGCAGCCUCCUCACCUGCUACAACCGAGAUUCAGCCACACCAAAGUGGAGUGAGAGGCUGCCCAAGUGUUUCCGUAAAAAGUACGAGCCAUGCAGGAACCCUGGCGCUGCCUCCACCAGUGUGCAGAGCUCUGAAAAGGCCUUUUAUCAAGCAGGAGAGAUUUUGACCUUCUCCUGCCACUCGGGCUACGAGCUGCAGGGCGGGGCCACCAUAUACUGUAUCCCCGGACACCCAUCACAGUGGAAUAGCACUCCCCCCGCCUGCAGAGCUUCCACAAAUCAGUAUGUAAACGAACGCAGGCUAGAUGUUGUUAAUAUGGAUUAUAGCAUGGAGGGAACCAAUAUUACUCUUGCAGUUUUUAUUCCAACUGCGAUCAUCUUGGUGGUUGUCCUCGGGAUUUAUGUCUACUUCGCAAAACUCCAAGGGAAGGCUAUCAGAAUGCCAACAUCCUCGCCACCGUACGACAACAUGACAGAAGAGUCAGCUUUCGACAACCCUAUAUAUGAGAGCGGAGUAAGUACAGAUGUCAUGAGCAUGCAAGACGUGGAUUCACAGAACACCAGUGUGCUGUCCUGAUCCUUUCCCAUCUGGCUGUCAUCCUGCCGUCAUCUCAUGUUUCAUCAGCAGAGGGCACCAUCCACCUCAUCUUGCAUCACUGUAAUCAUCAAUGAGAGCUAGUGGUCAUGGUCUUAGCUGAAGAAGAAAGGACAUGUUUCCUCCUCUCACUCUGUGGUUAGAGGUCAUUUUGCAUCCUAGAUUUCCAUACUUCAUCUACAUGGAGGAGUGAGAGUGACGUGUCAGACUUUACAUUAUUCACAUUGUGGUGAUGUCAUCUCCUUUCCACUACAUAUAAAUGUCAUGUCAUCAUGUUUUAUGCUGCAAUCACACAUAGUGUGUAAAUGCACAUUACAACAUACAGCAGUAUUAUUGGAUGGAUGGGUCAAUCACAGUUAUUUUACUUUAAAAAGCUGUUUUGUGGCUUUAAUUGUAUCUGUGCUAAUGGUUUCCAACUGACUGAGUAAUCACAAAGAUAUAUAUAUAUAGAGCCAACUGUCUUCUUCUCCCUGCUCCUACAGCACUGGCAGUCUCAUUCUAGAUACUAAACCCUGUCACUGUCUACUUUGGCUGUUACUGCUGAAGAACUAUGAGGUGAGAUCUCCCUCUAGUGCUGAAAGCACAUCUCACUCACUGUCACAUGACACUUCUGCUAUUAUGACUACCUCUCCCAGCCUGCCACACAUUCUGAUCUGGUUUCACUGCUUGAGUUGGUGCUUUGUAGACAUAGUUUUCUACAAAGGACCCAAUCGCUCUCCUUUUUCAUCUACUCCUCUUCUUUUACUGAUCACGUAUACACAACUACUGGUUGGUGACAAUUUGAAACACAGUGUUGGUGCAGUUGACACGUAGCCUCUUGUUUGUUUACACCUAAAUUAAUGGAUAAAAUAUUUAUUCAAGAGUUUGACUUUUUCUAAAUGUUGCAUUUCUGUCAUUCUAACAUUUCAGUAACAUGUAUAAUGUUGGGUACAAUAACAACUGUAUAUGUGUGAUUGUAACGUCUACAUCAUAUGCAUAUUUUGUUAACAGUGUUUUUAAAGUAUAUAGUAGCAGUACUUUGCUUUAGUGUAUGUAAGUCAGUAUUUUGUUAUCUGGUUAUGUGCUUGUUUCUUAAGAAAAGAUUGACAAAAUAACUGAAGUGGCCAACAAAUAAAUAAAUGUAGAAAAGUUAAGGAAUAAUUGGAAAAAAUAAUGGUCAGAACCGGAUCAGAUAAAAUCUUUCAAUUGGUAUGAAUCAGAGAAAAACAUCUUAUCCAUUAGUUAUUUUUUUUAAAUACUUAAAAUAGUUGUAACUUCAGAUGAUAACUUUGUCCAGCAGUAGUCAUUAAUUAAAUUGCUGUUUAUCAUUUGUGAAUAUAUUAAAGAUUGCGCUUUUGAUCAUAAACGUUUAGAGCAAUUAACAGGUGUCCACUGUAAAGUAACAUAUCCAACAAUAUAUCUUCUCAUGAUAUAUUUUUUCUGUUUGUGUCAUGUUUGUCAUACUGAACAUUGGUAUUUCACUGUAUAUUUUCUCAAUUUAGGUUUAUUCACUAACUAAGACCACGGAAAUUGAGGUACAACAGGGAGUUUAUUUAGGUUAGCGCAAAGGUUCAGGAAGGGAAGGAUGGCGAGGUCGAGAGGGGAGGGAUGAAGGCGGCUGAUCAGGUUCGUGCUGGCCAGAGCGGCUAGGAACCCUUGGAUAGAGACUCAGGGUGGGGGCACGUCUCUAUUAGCGUCUUGCUUUAUGAACAAUUACUUUGGCAGAAUUAUGAAUUUCAGCAUGGGUGUCAUUGGUGGGAGGAAACCGGAGCCCACACAAAUACGGGGAGAACAUGCAAACUCCACACAGAAAGUCCUGGGAUGACCGAGUUCUGAACCCAGGACCUUCUUGCUGUGAGGCCACAUUGCUGUCCACUGGCCACAGUGCUGCCCAUUGAAAGGGGCUUUUAUAUAUAUGUGCAAGUGAUUGGAUGAGAGAGCCACAGGUGGAUGAAAUGAGUGAAGCACAGGUGGUUGGAUUAGUGAGAGAGAGAAGCGUGGUCUUGUUCCUGAACCUCAAUUAUAAUAACUACAUUUGAAAUGUGCAAUACUGAUAAACAGUAUUUCUUUUAUAAUAAAUCUUAUUAUGCCAGCACUAUAUAGUGGUACAUUAUUACAUUUUUCCAAAGUUUCAAAAGUGCAAAGUUCAUUUUACUGUAUUUUAAAUGUUUAUUUGUAUCUCAAAUUGUACUAUUCUCUAUCAUUAUGAUUCAGUUUAACAGAUGUAUUUGUCUGGUCUUUACAGGACAAGUGAAAAGGUUAAGAGGUGUCCAUUUAGAGACCGUAAAGCAAGAAUUGCUCAAGCUUUGCCUUUUGGGACUCUGUCUGCACUGCUCAUCUUUUCCUCCGACCAUUGUGUUCCCAAAUUAUUUCUUUCCAUUUUUCCUUUGUGUGGAUUACUGUAAAUCUGUCUUUCUUUCCACGGUCAAAUCUGUGAAUCUGUGGAUCUCCAUGGUGAUAUUUUUAUAAAGUAAAUUGCUGAUGACCGAUGUUUUGAGUACUUUUUGAUGCUCUACGCCAAGAAUGAGGGAAAUGAUGCUUUGAUUGUUGAAAUCUGCUGAACAUAAAUUCCCCAUUACCCAGCAUUCUUUGGAAAUUUUCUUUUCUUUGUGUGUAUGGGUCUGCUAUUUGUAAAUAAACUGCCUGUCAAAUAUGAGUGCCUCACAACUGACUAUAACCUGAGAAAUCACAUGUGAACAGAAUCUUUUGUUUAACUAUUAUUUCGCAUAUGUAGGCCUGACAUUAAGUCUUUUCCAUCAUAAAGUUUCACUUCAAGAAACAAAAACAGAUGAUGCCAGAUAUUUUCCUACUAGCUGAUUUGUGGUUCCAAAUGCAUAUAGCCUCAGAGGAUUUCUCAGAUACAUGUUUUCAUAUGGGACCCAUCAGCUAUGCAUACUUUUCUGUUCUUAUGUCACACUGUACAGUCUGCCUCAAAGGAUAAGUAGCAAUUUGUUAAUUUGUGUAUGUGGUUACACCUCAGCAUUAGCAGACCCUGAGAUAAAACCCAGUGAUAACAUACAGUAAACACAUGAGUUAGUUAAGUUACUGAUGCAGGCUGCUGAAUCAAGCAUCAAUUGAUUGGUUCUUGCAUUGCAAAUCAACAAUUAAAAUCUUACAGUGUGCAAAAUAGACCCUUCUGUAACAGGUUUUUACUUUGGGUCACAUUGUUGAGGUGCAUGUGUUUGUGUUAAAUUUGUAUAUAGACCUCACAUCCUUUGUGCAUAUCCUUUAUACUCUAACAAAUCUUUCUUUCAGUACCAUAGCUGGUACAACCGCAUCCCUGAAAAACCAAAUCACAUUCAAUAUCUAUAAUCCUCUGAUUAAUAAUAAAAGUAAUUGUUGGUUAAA